UGGCUAAGGAGAGCGAGCUGGUGUGUCUCUGCCCCUGUCACCGUGUCUGUCUCUGCCACUUCCCCGCCUUGACUCUGUGCAGCCCAAUGUUGUCAAUGUCUCCCUUCAGGAUCAUCUGCCCUGUUAAGCGUCAUGUGUAGGCAGAGUGCAUUGUUCACACUGUGAAAGAUUGCGAGUUUAACCAUCCCACCACCCCUGGAGAAGGCAGUCUUUGCCCAGUGCUCCAGUGUCACCUUUCUGGUGACAGAGUAUGGGAACUGAAUGCCUUCUGAGGCCAUAUUGCCCUUCCCCCAGGCUGGAAGUGCCCAGCCGCUAAGCCUUCCUUUCCCUUACGAUUUAGAACUUUAGCAAACAUGAAAAGCGAGACCUUGGUCCUUUCUGAUAAAGGAGGAGAUGAGGAUGGCAUAAGAGGCCCCCGCUCCAACUCAGCCAUGCUUUCUUGCUUACCCAGUUUUGAAAAAGGCCCGGGGAAUGGGAAAGAGAGGAGGACUCUCCCUGGCGCUCUCUGCCACCCCCUCCCACCUUUCAAUAGGAACUGGGCAUGGAGCCAGCUGUGCUGGCAGGGCCUCCAGCAGCUGUGUCAGGGCAAGAGACGCUGUCGGGUAAAGUUGUAGGGGAGGGUGCGGCUGCCGGGAGCCUAGACUCCCCGUCCAGAAGGGCUGGAAAGUGCAGCAAGUGGCAGGGAAAUUGUAACAACGAACAAUCUCAUCUUUCCAUCCCAGGUAGACCCUGGCCUCCAAGGCUGUGAGUGUCACCCAGUGGGGAAGGGGGAGGGGCCACCAUGUCAUCAUACCAGAAGGAGCUGGAGAAAUACAGAGACAUAGAUGAAGAUGAGAUCCUAAGGACCUUGAGCCCUGAAGAGCUAGAACAGCUGGACUGUGAGCUACAAGAAAUGGACCCCGAGAAUAUGCUCCUGCCAGCUGGACUGAGACAACGUGACCAGACAAAGAAGAGUCCGACUGGGCCACUAGACCGAGAUGCCCUGUUGCAGUACCUGGAGCAACAGGCGCUAGAAGUCAAGGAGCGUGAUGACUUGGUGCCCUUCACUGGCGAGAAGAAGGGGAAACCCUAUAUUCAGCCCAAGAGAGAAAUCCCAGCAGAGGAACAGAUUACACUGGAGCCCGAGCUGGAGGAGGCACUGUCCCAUGCUACAGAUGCUGAAAUGUGCGACAUUGCAGCGAUCCUGGGCAUGUACACGCUGAUGAGCAACAAGCAGUACUACGAUGCCAUCUGCAGUGGGGAAAUCUGCAACACCGAAGGCAUCAGCAGUGUGGUGCAGCCUGACAAGUACAAGCCGGUACCAGAUGAACCCCCAAAUCCCACAAACAUCGAAGAGAUGCUAAAGCGAGUUCGAAGCAAUGACAAAGAGCUGGAGGAGGUGAACCUCAAUAACAUACAGGACAUCCCCAUACCUGUGCUAAGCGACUUAUGCGACGCAAUGAAGACGAAUACCUACGUCCGGAGCUUCAGUCUGGUGGCCACCAAGAGUGGUGACCCCAUCGCCAAUGCGGUGGCUGACAUGUUGCGUGAGAACCGGAGUCUCCAGAGCCUGAACAUCGAAUCCAACUUCAUCAGCAGCACAGGACUCAUGGCCGUGCUGAAGGCCGUCCGGGAAAACGCCACUCUCACCGAGCUCCGUGUAGACAACCAGCGCCAGUGGCCUGGUGAUGCAGUGGAGAUGGAAAUGGCCACGGUGCUAGAGCAGUGUCCCUCGAUUGUCCGCUUCGGGUACCACUUUACACAACAAGGACCGCGAGCUCGGGCAGCCCAGGCCGUGACCAGGAACAACGAACUGCGUCGCCAGCAAAAGAAGAGAUAGCGUCACCCUUCCUUUUACCAACAAGAGAUGAGAGCCCUGGACACAUAAAUCCUCAUCUCUCUCCCCUUUCCUGUAAAUAAAAUCCCUUUUGUUCA